AUGUCUACGGCACCCAUCAAGUUCGACCCUCACGGCGACGUCAAGCUACAAGUUGGUCGACGGGAGGAUUCAGGCCAAAUCAUAUUCACGGCCUGUUCUCGAACUCUGGCUCGCGUCUCUCCGGUGUUUGAGCGCAUGCUAUUUGGCAACUUUGCAGAGUCGAAACCGAAUACCACGUCUGGCAAGAAGGAGUGGAUUGUCAAGCUGCCCGCAGACAAAGCUGUUCCGCUUGCGGUGUUUAUGUACAUUUCCCACGGCCAUCUUCACCGAGUGCCAAAGACGCUGCCCAUCGACGAGCUGUACGACCUCACGACGUUGACCAAUUACUACGACAGCACCCGGAUACUGGGGCCUUGGGUGCAUACCUGGAUGGAGUCAGUCGAAGAGGACGUCAGGGACUCUCGGACAUCCAUGGUAAAGGCGCUCUGGGUUUCAUGGGAGUUUGGUCAUCGGGAUUUGUUUGAAAGAAUCGCGCACAAGAUGUUGAUGGAGGCCGAUGGACCUAUUGGCGCCGACGACCCUACUUUUCAAGACUUGAGCAUGCCCCCAGAGAUCAUUGAGAGGAUCGACGCAAUCCGUCUUGAUACGAUUCAGGAACUUCUCGACGUCUUCCAGGACAUGGUAGAUCAUCUCAUCGUGGUCGACGAGAAACCCAGGUGGUGUCGCCACGCAGAGUGGAUGGGUCACCACCGAUGCGAAUCCAUGAUCCUCGGCUCAAUGACAUUCUGCCUUGCCCGCGCAGGUCUUUGGCCACUCCCGCAUCCAGAAGACGUCCAAGUCAGCAUCAUAGGGCUGUAUCGAAAACUGACGAGCCUGAUUAUCCACGACAUUGGCAAGGCGGGCGAGAAGCCCCUCAUCGAUCAUCGCCAGUGCAAUCCCGGGCCUUUUCUCUUGGGCCAAGUCAGCAAAAUUAUCAACGACAUCGAACGCCCGGUGACGGAGAUCCACCGGAAACUGAUGGAGGAGCAGGUUCAAAGGUUGCAUCAAUGA